UAUUUUAAAUGCAACAUUGAUUUCCGUGCGCUCGAAAGACUUUCUUCUUUGCGAAACGAACAUGUUCUCCACAAACUCAGUUCACGCGCGCGUGCAAAAUGCACUUUUGUGCGCUCUAAAUAUGAUCUUAAUGUAAGCCCAUGAGGAGGAGGCGAAAACACUCCGCUGGCUGUGUACGUGUGGAUUCGGUAGUAACGUGACUAAACGCUUCAGGACGCGAGAGGUCGCAUCCACACGCUGAAGUGUCGAGGUGUGUCGUGUAUCCUUCAGCUGACGGAGCAAUAGCGUGACGCACGGCGGGCUGUUCAGACAUCUCGAGAGAUACAGAUGUAGCGUUAAGACCCGGGCUCCUGACGCGGUUGUGAAGAGUUAAAGGAAGGAUAUGUUCAGCUUGCGGGUCAUUAUGACAACACCAAGCUAAAGGUGCAGUCGAGCACAUGCGGAAGCGCACGCUUCCUGUUGAAGGCAGCAGAAGUGAAGAGAGGUUUUGGUGCUCCGCUAUCAUGAGGACAGCCGUCAGACAGUGGCAUUAUCAACCCAGCAGAAGGCUGCUUCUUGCUCUUCUGAGCUUGGCGUUGAUUUUGCUGGCUCUUUUGAAACUGCCUGUCCUUCACUCGGACCCAAAGCCUGUGGAGGUGCCAGUGGACCCCGUCUAUAGAAAGCGUGUCCAGUCCUAUGUCCGAGACAUACUGGCCCAAGAAUGCAGACCUUCUUUUGCCCGACAGAGAAUGGAGGCUGAACAUUACAGCUCCACACCAGUGCUAGAGCCCUUCUUGGACAAGAACACUCAUCUGAAUGAACAAAUAUUCCAAUAUCCCUCACCGUUUGGUUUCCUGGACAUGAAGAACCAGCUUCAGGAGAUCCUGGACCUCCUACCAGCCUCCUCUGAGGAGAGACGUGGAGGGAGGGACUGCCGUCGAUGUCUAGUGAUUGGAAAUGGAGGAAUACUGAAAGGACUAGGACUCGGACCUCUUUUUAACCAGUUUGAUACCAUCAUCAGAUUGAACAGUGGUCCUGUGCGAGGUUUCAGCGCAGACGUUGGGAACCGCACCUCCAUCAGGAUGAGUUAUCCUGAGGGCUCCCCGAAUGUCUGGGAAGACAUGGAUUCAGAUCUUAGAUUUGUGGCUGUGAUCUAUAAGCCUGUCGACUUCCACUGGCUUCGUGCGAUGAUUACCAAGACGUUCGUUUCGCUGUGGGACUGGCUGUGUUUCUGGCAGAAUGUGCCGGUGAGUCUCCCGCUCAAGACCUCUCAGUUCCGUCUGCUGAAUCCAGAGAUUAUUAGAGAGACGGCUUUGGAUCUGCUUCACUAUCCCAGUGUUAGAGAGCGCCUCUCGAGCUGGGAGCAGAAUGUCCCUACUUUAGGAGUGUCUGCUCUCAAUCUGGCAACAUACCUGUGUGAUGAGGUGAGUUUAGCAGGCUUUGGCUAUAACCUCAGCCAGAAAGACGCUCCUCUCCAUUACUACGACCACAGACUCAUGACAUCCAUGCUAAAGGAAGCCAUGCAUGACGUUCAGACCGAGACGGUUUUCCUCAAGCGUCUGGUAACGUCUGGCAGUAUUACUGACCUCACGGGAGGAAUCCACUGCAACUUCUGUUCAAGAUGACGGUCUUGACUCCAGAUGACUGAGAGGGACAGACUCUCACAGUGGCCCGCGUGAGGAAUAAUUCAGGAAAGUGAGGGAUUUACUGAAAGCAGUCAUUGACGCACUACGAAUGAAGCACUGCGGAGUGUUUUGCCAUGUUUAAAGCUGUGAUGCUGAUGCUCUGGCUGUUCUGUUUUUUUAUCAAAUUAAGGCCAAUCACAAAAAGACUAAGGUUUUAGAUUAAACAUUUAAUUCAUUCAUUUUUAGUAUCUUUUGUUUUAAAAAGCUAUU